UUCUCGGCUCUCUCUCUCAAUUUUGGUUUUUUUCCUCUGAUAACAAAAAAACUCAACAAAAACUCUAUCUCUUUCUCUCCAAGAAAUCCUCCAACAAUCUCAAGAAUGCAACAACACAAAAUGGAUUGAAGCAUAAGAACUCUCAUCUCUCCUCUCACUCGACCACACGAUCACUACCAUCACCUUCCAUCCCCGUCAUCCAGCUCCGGCCGCCGCCGCUGCAACCUCCGGCACCCACGAAAUCUACCUCUUUGUCCGCGAUAUCUCUUUGACACCCCUUCUCAUCUCAAGCCCUUCCUUUUCCUUCUCUUCUCAUAUCUCAACAACACAACAACAAGCAUUAUCAAAUCUUCAAUCAAGUUGUUUCUUCCAUUCACUUUUGGAAAUAUAUAAAGAGUAUGCACAAAUCAGCGCUCAGAAGCUUUGUCUUAGAAGGUUCAGCAUGCAACAUCAGAACAUGGUCUGGCAAGACAUCAGAAGAUGGUCAAGGCAGAAUCAGAACAUGGGUCUAUGGAAGCAUCAGAAGAACUUGAGGUCAGAAGCAGAAGCACUGAAGUUCUCAUGGUAUCACGCUCAGAAGUACUUCAAGGUCAGUAAACAAGAAGAUGCUAUGCACCAAGCUGUUUGACUCUGAUGAUAUUCAAACAUUGUAUACACAAACAUCAGAUCAGAAGAAAGUACAGGUGGCAGGCUACGCUGACUGACAAAAGGAACGUUGGAAGCUAUUAAAGGCAACGUCAGUAGACACAGCGUGAACAAGGCUCGAGGUAGUUGACAAAAGCGUGAAACAUUAAAUGCAAUGCUGUACGGAAUACGCAAAGCAUUAAAUGCUCCCAACGGUCAUCUUCUCAAGUGCCUAUAAAUAUGAAGUUCUGAUGAGAAGCAAGGUUACCAAUCCUGAAUGAACUUAUUCUGAAAAACUUGGUGAAACGCUGUUCAAAUCAAAGCUCAGAAACUUCAUCUUCAUCAAAGCUCACUACAUUGCUGUUGUAAUAUAUUAGUGAGAUUAAGCUUAAACGUUAAGAGAAAUAUCACUAUUGUGAUUAUAGCUUUUCAGAAGCAAUUGUAAUACUCUUAUUUGAUUACAUUUAUUUGUAAGUAACUAGAGUGAUCAAGUGUUGAUCAGGAUACUCUAGGAAGUCUUAGCUUGAGUCUAAGCAGUUGUAAUUAGAGUGAUCACGUGGUGGUCAGGAUACUCUAAGAAAGUCUUAGCUUGUGUCUAAGCAUUUGUUCCUGGAUUGAUCAAGUUGUGAUCAGGAUACUCUAGAAGACUUAGUCGUGGGCUAAGUGGAAAACCAUUGUAAUCUGUUGCGAUUAGUGGAUUAAAUCCUCAGGUGAGGUAAAUCACUCCGUGGGGGUGGAAUGGAGUAGUUUAGUUAACAACGAACCAGGAUAAAAAUAACUGUGCAAAUUGUUUUUAUCGUUUGAGUUUUUAAGAAUACACUUAUUCAAACCCCCCCUUUCUAAGUGUUUUUCUAUCCUUCAAUUGGCAUCAGAGCGCCGGUUCUAAGGUGCAAGCACUUAACCGUGUUUAGAAAAGAUUCAGGAAGAGAAAAACGCUUCAGUAAAAGAUGGCUGGUGAAACUCAAACAAAUACAUCUGCAUCUACAUCUGGCUCUGCUGAGCAAUACAAUGGUAACAAUGGUUACACUAGACCACCAGUAUUCGAUGGUGAAAACUUUGAGUAUUGGAAAGAUAAACUGGAAAGUUACUUUCUUGGUCUGGAUGCUGAUCUAUGGGAUCUUCUGUUGGAUGGUUACAAACAUCCUGUUAAAGCUACUGGUGUAAGGCUCACGAGAAGCGAAAUGACUGAUGAUCAAAAGAAAGAUUUCAAAAAUCAUCACAAAUGCAGGACUGUUGUGCUGAAUGCUAUCUCUCAUGCUGAGUAUGAGAAGAUAUCUAACAGGGAAACGGCCUAUGAUAUAUAUGAGUCAUUGAAAAUGACCCAUGAGGGAAAUGCUCAAGUCAAGGAGACUAAAGCUCUUGCUCUAAUCCAGAAAUAUGAAGCCUUCAAGAUGGAGGAUGAUGAAAACAUUGAGAAGAUGUUCUCGAGAUUUCAAACGCUAACUGCUGGAUUGAGAGUUCUGGAUAAAGGCUACACCAAGGCUGAUCAUGUAAAGAAGAUCAUCAAAAGCUUACCCAGAAGAUGGGGUCCAAUGGUGACUGCAUUCAAGAUUGCCAAGAAUCUGAAUGAAGUUUCGUUGGAAGAGCUUAUCAGUGCCUUGAGAAGCCAUGAAAUAGAGCUGGAUGCAAACGAGCCUUAGAAGAAAGGUAAGUCUAUUGCAUUAAAAUCUAAUGUUAAAAAAUGCACUAACGCUUUUCAGGCUAGAGAAUAAGAUCCUGAAGAAUCAGAAUCUGAAGAAGAAGAUGAACUGUCCAUGAUCUCCAGAAGGGUAAACAAACUCUGGAAGAGCAAGCAAAGGAAGUUCAGAGGCUUCAGAAGUUCAAAGAGAUUUGAACGUGGAGAAUCUUCUGGUGACAGAAGAUCUGACAAGAAGAAGGUUGUCUGCUAUGAGUGCAAUGAGCCUGGACAUUACAAGAACGAGUGUCCAAAACUUCAGAAGGAGAAUCCCAAGAAGAAGUUUCAUAAGAAGAAAGGUCUUAUGGCAACAUGGGAUGAUUCUGAAUCAGAAUCAGAAUCAGACUCUGAAGGAGAGCAGGACAACUUCGCGCUGAUGGCUACAGAAGAUGAUGGAUCAGAAUCUACAUCAGAAACAGAUUCUGAAGAGGUAUUUUCUGAACUAUCUAGAGAAGAGUUAGUUUCCAGUUUAACAGAACUUCUGGAACUCAAGGCUCAUCUUAGUAUCAAAUACAAAAAGCUAAAAAAGCAGUUUGAAUUUGAAACUAAGAAGCUGGAAUUAGAAAAUUCUGAACUGAAGGAAAAAGUUUUAAAUCUAUCCAAAAAUAGUGGAUCUCCUUCUGAAACAGAAAAAUCCAUUCCUAGCAUGAAUCAUAUUCUGAAAGAAUAUGACUCGAGCUUCAGAAAGUUCUUAUCUAGAAGUAUUGGCAGAAGUCAUCUUGCAUCUAUGAUAUAUGGUGUUUCUGGAAACAGAAGGUUUGGUUUUGGCUAUGAGGGUGAUACCUCACAUAAAUUUGAACCUAUUGAUGAUCUGAAAAUCACAUACAAGCCAUUGUAUGAUCAGUUCAAGUAUGGCCACUCACAUGAUAUUAGGCACACAUCACAUGCACAAAGCUUUCACAUAACACACACCAAGAAGCAUGUGACACAACCUAAGAAAUAUCAUGAAACUCAAAAUAAGAAUUAUCAUGCUGUUCCUCCUAUUUCAUAUAAUGCUAAACCCAAGUUCAAUCAGAACUUGAGGAGAACUAACAAGAAAGGACCCAAGAAAUUGUGGGUACCUAAGGAGAAGAUAAUUUCUGUUGCAGAUAUCCUUGGCGGAAAAGAGGACAAAAAGCAAAAUGUCAUGGUACCUGGACUCUGGGUGCUCGCGACACAUGACGGGAAGAAGGUCUACAUUCCAAGACCUGAUGCUUAAACCAGGUGGAGAAGUCAAGUUUGGAGGAGAUCAGAAGGGCAAAAUCAUUGGCUCUGGAACCAUAAGUCUUGGUAACUCUCCUUCCAUAACUAAUGUACUUCUUGUAGAAGGAUUAACGCAUAACUUAUUGUCCAUAAGUCAAUUAAGUGACAAUGGUUAUGAUAUAAUCUUCAAUCAAAAGUCUUGCAAGGCUGUAAGUCAAAAGGAUGGCUCAAUCCUAUUUACAGGCAAGAGAAAGAACAACAUUUAUAAGAUUGAUCUUUCUGAUCUUGAGAAGCAGAAGGUGACUUGUCUUAUGUCUGUUUCUGAGGAGCAAUGGGUCUGGCACAGAAGAUUAGGGCAUGCUAGUUUGAGAAAGAUUUCUCAGAUUAACAAACUAAAUCUGGUCAGAGGACUCCCAAAUCUGAAAUACAAAUCAGAUGCUCUUUGUGAAGCAUGUCAGAAGGGCAAGUUCUCCAGACCUGCAUUCAAGUCUAAGAAUGUUGUUUCUUCCUCAAGGCCGUUAGAACUCUUGCACAUUGAUCUGUUUGGCCCAGUCAAAACAGCAUCUGUCAGAGGGAAGAAAUAUGGAUUAGUCAUCGUAGAUGAUUAUAGCCACUGGACAUGGGUAAAGUUCUUGAAACACAAGGAUGAGUCUCAUUCAGUGUUCCUUGAAUUCUGCACUCAGAUCCAAUCUGAGAAGGAGUGCAAGAUCAUAAAGGUCAGAAGUGAUCAUGGUGGUGAAUUUGAGAACAGAUUCUUUGAGGAGUUCAUCAAAGAAAAUGGUAUUGCCCAUGAUUUCUCUUGUCCUAGAACUCCACAGCAAAAUGGAGUUGUAGAGCGAAAGAAUAGGACUCUACAAGAAAUGGCCAGAACCAUGAUCAAUGAAACCAAUAUGGCUAAGCAUUUCUGGGCAGAAGCAAUAAACAGUGCAUGUUAUAUUCAGAAUAGAAUCUCUAUCAGACCUAUUCUAAAUAAGACUCCUUAUGAAUUGUGGAAGAACAGAAAGCCCAACAUUUCAUAUUUCCAUCCUUUUGGAUGUGUAUGUUUUAUUCUGAAUACUAAAGAUCAUCUUGGUAAGUUUGAUUCUAAAGCACAAAAGUGUUUCCUUCUUGGAUAUUCUGAACGCUCUAAAGGCUACAGAGUAUACAAUACUGAAACAUUGAUUGUAGAAGAAUCAAUC